AAAAGUUCCCGAUCCACAUGAGAGCUUUUCAUAACACCAUCACACUACAAGGCUUCCCUUUGAUUUCCAUUGCUGGCCAUGUGUAGUUAGCUGUCAAUUGACUUCCCGAGCACGGCUGUGAUAUAUUAUAGACGUGUUAACGCUGCAAGGGCCUAUUCAGUGGGGAAAUUCGUGCUACAGGGUCCGGUAUGAUUCAACGUAUUUGUUUUAUACUGAGCUAGAUUAUUUUUUUUUUAAAACAGUGUUUUAAGGUAGAUCAUUUGUUUAUUAUCGAUUAAUGCAAAAUACAUCUUCACUUAUUUAGGAUUAUAUAUUUUGCUAAUUAUGCCUGGUAAUUUUUUUUUUUUAAGUUUAGAUCUAUACCUUUCUUGAUGGGUACGUUUGGAGUUACCUUCGACGAAUUCUGUCUACAAUAAAAAAAAAAUUUAAAAAGGAAAGAAAAAAGUUCUUUUAAAACGUGUCUAUUUCAGUUUUUUUUUAAAUAAUAUGGAAUGAUUUCUUAGAAUGUAUCGCCUAAAACAGGUCAAAAAUAUUAAUACCAUAAAACACAUACAAUUUGAGAUUUUUUCAAUAAUUCAUAUGAGUUUUAAUGAAAACUGUUUAUUAUUUAAUCUUAAUUCAUUAUUUUUUUCCUAUUCAAAAGGUCUCAUUGUCUACGUGGCCCAUUGAAGAAGACAACAUCUCAGCAAUGCUUCUACACCUGUGUUUACUUGUUGCCCUGCUACCUUCCCUAGCAAGUGCAGGUAAAUGAUUUCUAUAUAUAGAGCUACACUGAUUAUUUUUCAAAAGUACUGACUAUGGUUUCAAUAGAAAUGUAUCAUUAUAAAUGUAAUGACCGUAUAUAUACAUACAAAUUCAUUGAAACUGUUUCUUAAAUAUUUUUUUUCCUCCAUAACUUUCCAUUAACUGUGUUCAAACUUUGAAAUAGUAGCACUGGAAUCGGAAUGGGGUCCGGAGAGGGGGUCGGGGGGGGGGGGGGCCGGGGGGGGGGGCGGGGGGGGGGGCGGUUCCCAUCGGGCGACAUUUUUUUUUCCCUUUCAUUUUAAUGGUGAGCGGCACUCGGAGAUUAUGUUUUCGUGGAAAUGGGCGGAAAUAAAAUCAACGCCCGCACGGGAUGCACUUAACUCUACAGCUGCGCCACUGAAAAUAAAAUGCACAGUGCACCGUACCACAACAUUUGCCGGGCGUACUCAAAACAAUGUGACACGCUCGAAACGACUUGUGCCAUGAUGUGUUCUGCCCUUUCAGAGUCCAAUGUUCACACCUUUUCGUUAAGCACUGACAGCUAAUACGUAAUUCUCAGCCCAGUGAUGGGUCUUUGUUUGACACGUUAAACAAAGUCAUAGUCAACGCUGUUAAAAAAUGAAUAUGAUAUAAUUUUCGCAGCACUGUAUUCCGCAGGAAUUAACAAAGGAUAUAUUUGAUUAGCUAUAAAUUUAUGUCUGAAUUUAACAAUUCACUAUUCAGAGAAUGGAAGGGAUUCAGAUUGAGAUUCGAUCCCAAAUUAUUAUUUAGCCGAUUUUUUUAAAAAUUCAAUAAUUUAAAAAAGCAACAACUAAUUAAUCAAUUAUGUUUUGAAGAAAAAAAAUUGUGGAGGGUUUUACGGUAAUGAGGUGCCGUAAAAAAAAAAGGGGGGGGGGGAGAAAGCCUUUGAGGAAUAGCCCAUUCAUUUCAUAGGUAUGUGUUACAUUUAUAUGUGAUAAUCAUCUACAAAUUAAAAUUUAUUUAAAAAAGCAACAACUAAUUAAUCAAUUAUGUUUUGAAGAAAAAAAAUUGUGGAGGGAUUUACGGUAAUGAGGUGCCGUAAAAAAAAAAGGGGGGGGGGGAGAAAGCCUUUGAGGACUCGCCCAUUCAUUUCCUAGGUAUGUGUUACAUUUAUAUGAGAUAAUCAUCUACAAAUUAAAAUUUAUUAAAUUCCGUGUGUUCUAAGAGAAGAUAUCCUCUGACCUAGAGGAAAAGCACAGAAUAACUAAAACUACUUUUUUUCCCCAUCUAGAUUGCGCCACCAACAUUGCAAGUUGUGUUGCUGACAUGCUAAAAAAUCUCCUCUCGCACGCACUCCUUAAACGAGAACUUCUUUGUGGGUAAAUGUACUUUCUUUUAUCUGCUUCAUUGUCUCUAUGUUUCUGGGUACGAUUAAAAAUGUGUGAGGGAAAACGUUUGAAGCAAUAAUUCUAAUGAAGUGGGCAUUUGUUGUUAUUUAUUUAUUUUCCUUGAGAUUGGCUUACUGUGAGAAUUAUGUAGCAUCCCAUAAUAGGAUCACAUUCAUUGGAAGGUUUGUUCAUACGAAAAUGCACUGUGCUGAUUAGUGAUAUAAGGACACAUGUAUGGGAUCACAAUCACUGGAAGGUUUAUAUGUAAAAAUGCACCAUGCUGUUAAUAAGAAAUAAGGAAACAAGUAAUUUUGAAAUAAAUUAACCCUACUCAGCCACACCAAACAUCGUCUCGUUUCCACUCCAAACAUCGUCUCGCUUCCACACCAAACAUCAUCUCGCUGCCACACCAAACAUCAUCUCGCUGCCACAACAAACAUCGUCUCGUUGCAACACCAAACAUCGUCUCGCUUCUACACCAAACAUCUUGCUGCCACAACAAACAUCGUCUCGCUGCCACACCAACCAUGUCUCGCGGCACCCACACGUUUUUUACGCAGUGCACCGGGUGCGAAGUUCAGCAUUAAACUAUAGUUUUUUUCAAUUUAUAAAUGCGAUGGUCCUUUCAUAAACUAUUUCUUGCUAGCUUCACUUUACAAUAAUUUGUUGUGUUUUUUUAACAGUGACUUGAAAACCGGAAUACGGUGCAUAGUCGAUCAGAACUGCCCCAUCGCCAGCAGCGUCAUGUCCAACAUCGACUCCGGCAUUUCCAAAUUUAACUUAGAGUGUCGUAAGUUGAAUAGUAUUAUACUGUUAACAGCUUGUUGGGUUGAUUAAUAAUUAAUUUUGAUCUGGAAUGAAUAUUUCUUAGCAUUGCAAGUUAUAAAUCAAACAUUUUUUUUUUUAAUUUAAAUUCUACUCACUGAAACAAUUAAAUUAGCCUUUAAUUUAAAAUAACACUAUUUUCGGGUGAAGAUUUCAUUGAUGACCGAUUUAAACAAAUAUUAAAUAUAUAAAUAUAUUUACGGAUUUAAAAAGAAAAAUGUUAUAAUUUUUAAAAGUUUGUGUGUGUGUGUGGGGGGGGGGGGGGGUUUUUUUUUAACGAUAUUGUAAGUUCGUUACACCGUAUUACUAAGGUAGGACUCCUCUAGAUACAACUUAUUCAAUGUUAAAAUCGUUGGUUAGCUUUUACAUAUAAUGCGGCUCGCAUUGUUCUUCAAAAAUGCAAAUUCGACCAUGCUAAAACACUUCCGAGAGAGUUGCAAUGGCUGCCGGUCCGCGCUCGCAUAGAGUACACAAUUGCAACUUUGUGCUACCGCUGCUUGCAUGACCUGGCACCGUCCUAUCUCAAAGCGCUGCUGACGCCUUAUGUACCCACCAGACAACUCCGCUCAUCUGAUAGUGGCAAACUCUCAAUACCACGUGUUCGCCAUGAGACUUACGAGAGGCGCACUUUCGAAUUUGCUGGCCCAACAAUUUGGAACACCCUUCCUGUCGCUCUCAGAAUCUGCCAGACACUGGAGUCUUUCAAUUUGAAGACAUAUUUAUUUCGCCAACACCUGCUGGGGUGAUGUUGUCUAUUUAGCUAUUAUCUUGUAGAUGUGUAUUGGCCGGUGUUGUUUAUGGUUGUUAGGUAUGAAAUACUUAGAAUGGGUAUUCUCGUAUAUAGUUUUUGCAAUGUUGCAUUGUGUAUUUCAAUGAGGUAUAUUAUAGAUUGUUUCAUUUCUCUUUUAAUAUACUAAACUAUAUACCGCGCUUCGAGCCUUUGGGGAUGAAACGUGAUUUUCAAAUAAACUUUAUUAUUUUUAAUAUUAUAUAUUUUAAAAGAACCACUAAUUUCUAUCUCAGAAAUCCUCUAAGUAUUUACAGCUAGAUUAUUUUUCCUAUUAUGUCAUAAGUUAUGGUCUUCUUAAAAAAAUAUAUAUGUUUUUUUUUUCAACAGCAUUCACACCAUCCCAGCUUGUUGCUGGUAAGUAUGUAACACCCAUCUGGUAUAAAAAGUAAUAUUUUAUAAAUGUGUCCGCCUCAGAUUUUUGCUUACAAAUAUUAGCUGGAAGAUUUAUGAUAAAAGUGACACGCUUGAAUUUAACAAAAAAAUCGGUUUUACCGAAGUAACUUACGAAUUUGUAAAAAGACUUAAUUAAGGAUAAAGAUGUAUUUUUUCCCAUAGAUACGACUUUCAUUAAAUAUUUUUACCUCGGGCAUUUUCAAUGACAUGAAUUUUUAAUUUUUUUUUUUAUAAACAGAGUACAGAAGUGGGUCUACAAGAUCACAGCCACUCACAGCAGGGGUUCUGACAUGCGUAGUGGUGGCUAGACUCGUCUUCAUGAAACUGUGGAUGUGCUGACACGCUAACAUGCUGCAGGAAGUUUUAGUGAGAUUAGUAACAAAAACUUCUAAAUGUUACCAUUAUACUAAACACUACUCAAGAAUGACUACUCUCAAAUAGAUUUGAAAUUUAAACGGAAGUCGCUAGUUCAGUUAAUAGUGAAGGAUGUUGUUUUACAUGAAUAGGGAUUAUCAUUUAAUAAGGAAAAGCUAUUAAUAGAACAUCCGGGGCGCGCCCUCUGGCCAAUCUUAUUAUAAAAUUAAUAAAAACAUCCUGGUAUUCCGUUUGGCCAAUCUCUCAACAGCUGUUCGGUAACGAUACACGAGUGUAAGCCUUAAUUUAGACGAAACCGUGUUCACAACUUUAUUUUAUGAACGAUUUCAAAAACAAAUUUAGGUUUCUUCUAUAUAUAUGCAUUGUUAGAAGCUAUUUUUUAACGAAAACAUUGUCUAAAAAUAGUAGCAUUACGUCAUGAUAUGUGACGUUUUCCGGUCUUGGAAAGGACAAACCUAACUGCUUCGUUAAAGUUCAUUUUGAAAUAUUGCCCUAUCGCUGCAUACGGUUAUAAUUCGUUCAUAUAUUGUUUAUUUGUUUUU